UCUUUUUUCCUUUCCCCCUUUUUCCCUGGUUUUCAUCCCCUUCUUUUGGGGCAGGAAUUGGUUGCCUUCCCGGAUGGUUUUCCAGCGGCGGGAGGACCCUUCCCCAUCACCCUUCCUCGUCUCCUUGAGUUAGUUCCCGGAGCCAUCGGACUGAAGGCAACUUUUUCCCCUCCCUCCAUCCCCCCAAACACACAGCAGCACCCAAAACAAGAGGAGCCACCCCUGCCAGGAGGAGGAGGAGGAGGAGGAGGAAGGGGCUGUGCGUGCAUGUGUGCUUGCUGCUGGUGCUCAGGACCCCCAUCUGUAGGUGCAUGUUGAAAUAUGGAGAAUAGGCUUGGAUGCCUUGGGGUACCAAAACUGGCUUUUUUCCUCUUCGGGUUUACCCUGGCGAACCUGCAACCUCGAGGCUCCGGUUCACAGAUUAAGACUUUUACAUCCCUGAGGUUCUUGACUGAGCCCUCAGAUGCUGUCACCAUGCGUGGAGGCAACGUGCUGCUGAACUGCGUGGCAGAAUCGGAUCGAGGAGCCCCGGUUGUGAAGUGGAAGAAAGAUGCUGCCUUCUUGAACCUGGCAGUAGAUGAAAGGAGGCAGCAGCUGGCCAACGGAUCCCUCUUGAUAGAAAACAUUGUCCACUCCAGGCACCACAAGCCAGAUGAAGGCCUCUACCAGUGUGAAGCAUCUCUAGAAGGCGUCGGAGCCAUCAUCAGUCGGGCAGCCAAGGUCGUGGUGGCAGGACCACUGAGGUUUCUUUCCCAGACGGAAUCUGUCACGGCUUUUGCAGGAGACACCAUCCUGCUGAAGUGUGAAGCUGUUGGUGAGCCCAUGCCCCUGGUGCACUGGCAGAAGAACCAGGAGGACUUGUUGCCCAGCCCAGCUGACCCGAGGGUGGCCAUCCUGCCCUCAGGAGCUCUGCAGAUCAGCAGGGUUCAGCACGGGGACAGCGGGAUCUACCGAUGCCUGGCCAAAAACCCCGCCAGCUCCAGAACUGGGAAUGAUGCUGAAGUCAGAGUUUUGGCAGAUCCAGGUUUGCACAGGCAGCAGCUUUUCCUGCAGCGACCAUCCAGCGUGGUGGCCAUGGAGGGGAAGGAUGCUGUCCUGGAGUGCUGUGUUUCUGGGUACCCCCCUCCCACCUUCACGUGGCUGCGAGGAGAUGAAGUGCUCCCCAUCAGGUCCAAGAAGUAUUCCCUGCUGGCUGGCAGUAACCUGCUCAUCUCCAACGUGACCGACGACGACUCGGGGACGUACACGUGCGUCGUCACCUACAGGAACGAGAACAGCAGCGGCUCCGCUGAGCUCUCAGUGAUGGUUCCACCAUGGUUUUUAAUCCGUCCCUCAAAUGUUUAUGCCUACGAAAGCACGGAUAUUGAGUUUGAAUGUGCUGUGGCUGGGAAGCCUGUUCCUACAGUGGAGUGGAUCAAGAAUGGAGAAGUGGUCAUUCCAAGUGACUAUUUUCAGAUAGUGGGUGGCAGCAACUUAAGGAUUCUGGGCUUGGUAAAGUCAGAUGAAGGUUUUUAUCAGUGUGUAGCUGAAAAUGAAGCUGGAAACUCACAGGCCAGUGCACAGCUAAUCAUCCCAGAGCCUGCUGUCCCAAGUUCCAGUGUCCUCCCCUCUGCCCCCCGAGAUGUGGUCCCUGUGUUGGUCUCCAGCCGCUUUGUCCGUCUCAGCUGGCGCCCGCCUGCAGAAGCCAGAGGCAACGUCCACACCUACACGGUCUUCUUCUCCAGGGAUGGCAUCAACAGGGAACGGGCAGUGAACACCUCUCAGCCUGGGACACUCCAGCUGACCGUGGGCAACCUGAAGCCAGAGGAGACCUACACCUUCAGAGUGGUGGCCUACAACGAGUGGGGACCAGGAGAGACCUCCCAGCCCGUCAAGGUGGCCACGCAGCCCGAGCUGCAAGUUCCUGGGCCGGUGGAAAACCUACGGGCUGUGUCUACCUCACCCAGCUCCAUCCUUGUCUCCUGGGAUCCUCCAGCCUAUGCCAAUGGCCCCGUUCAAGGCUACAGGCUCUUCUGUACAGAGACAGCAACUGGAAGAGAGCAGAACGUGGAGGUGGAUGGGCUGUCCUACCACCUGGAGGGGCUGAAGAAGUUCACCGAGUACACCCUGCGCUUCCUGGCCUACAACCGCUACGGCCCCGGCGUCUCCACCGAGGAGGUGACCAUCACCACCCUGUCAGAUGUGCCCAGCGCGACGCCUCAGAACGUCUCCUUGGAAGUGGUGAACUCCAGGAGCAUCAAAGUGAGCUGGUUGCCUCCACCACCAGGUACUCAAAAUGGAUUUAUUACAGGCUAUAAAAUCCGACACAGAAAAACUACCCGCAGGGGUGAGAUUGAAACACUGGAGCCAAACAACCUCUGGUACUUGUUCACAGGACUGGAGAAAGGAAGCCAGUACAGUUUCCAGGUGGCUGCCAUGACAGUGAAUGGGACAGGACCCCCCUCCGACUGGUACACGGCAGAAACGCCCGAGAACGACCUCGAUGAAUCUCAGGUUCCUGACCAGCCAAGCUCCCUUCACGUCAGGCCCUUGACAACAAGCAUUGUCAUGAGUUGGACUCCACCCCUGAACCCCAACAUCGUGGUCCGCGGGUACAUCAUCGGCUACGGCGUGGGCAGCCCCUACGCCGAGACCGUGAGGGUGGACAGCAAACAGCGUUACUACUCCAUUGAAAACUUGGAGCCAAGUUCCCAUUAUGUCAUUUCCUUAAAGGCCUUCAACAACGCAGGAGAAGGGGUCCCUCUGUACGAAAGUGCCACCACCAGGUCCAUGACAGACCCCAUUGACCCAUUAGAAGUUGAUUUUUAUCCUUUGCUUGAUGAUUUCCCUACCUCAGUCCCAGAUAUCUCCACCCCCAUGCUCCCACCAGUAGGUGUCCAGGCUGUUGCACUUACACAUGAUGCAGUGAGGGUCAUCUGGGCAGACAACUCUGUCCCAAAGAACCAAAAGGCUACGGAGGUUCGUUUCUACACGGUGCGAUGGAGAACGAGCUACUCGACAAGUGCCAAGUACAAGUCAGCAGACACAACUGCUCUGAGUCACACCGUGAUGGGGCUGAAGCCCAACACCAUGUACGAGUUCUCCGUCAUGGUCACCAAAGGUCGGCGGUCCAGCACCUGGAGCAUGACGGCGCACGCCACCACCUAUGAAGCAGCUCCAACCUCUGCUCCCAAGGACUUGACAGUUAUUACAAGGGAAGGAAAGCCCCGGGCUGUCAUUGUCAGCUGGCAGCCACCCUUGGAAGCCAAUGGAAAAAUUACUGCUUACAUCCUCUUCUAUACCCUGGACAAGAACGCUCCCAUCGACGACUGGAUGAUGGAGUCCAUCAGCGGCGACCGCCUCACCCACCAGGUGGUGGAUCUCAACCUGGACACUGUCUACUACUUCCGAAUCCAAGCUCGGAAUGCCAAGGGAGUGGGGCCUCUCUCAGAUCCUGUUUUCUUCCGGACACUGAAAGUUGAGCACCCUGACAAAAUGGCCAAUGACCAAGGUCGUCACGGGGAUGGCUCCUUCUGGCCAGUGGACACCAACCUGAUUGACAGGAGCAGUCUAAAUGAGCCGCCCGUCGGGCAGAUGCACCCUCCCCACGGCAGCGUCACGCCCCAGAAGAACGGCAACCUCCUGGUGGCCCUGGUGGUCACCGUGGGGGCCAUCACGGCGGUGGUGGUGGCGGCGGUGGCCGUCGUCUGCACCCGGCGCUCCUCGGCGCAGCAGAGGAAGAAACGUGCAACCCACAGUGCUGGCAAGAGGAAAGGCAGCCAGAAGGACCUGAGGCCUCCAGAUCUGUGGAUCCACCACGAGGAGAUGGAGAUGAAGAACAUCGAGAAACCAGCAGGCUCAGAGCCUGCAGGAAGGGACUCCCCAAUGCAGGGUUGCCAGGACAUCACCCCCGUGAGCCACAGCCAGUCAGAAACACAACUGGGCAGCAAGAGCACCCCCCAACCAGGCCCCGAGACAGAAGAGGUUGGGAGCAGCAUGUCCACGCUGGAGCGCUCGCUUGCUGCCCGCAGAGCCACCCGUGCCAAGCUCAUGAUCCCCAUGGAGACACAACCCAACAACCCUCCUGUGGUCAGUGCCAUCCCAGUGCCAACCCUGGAAAGUGCCCAGUACCCCGGGAUCCUGCCGUCGCCCACCUGCGGGUACCCGCACCCGCAGUUCACCCUGCGCCCGGUGCCCUUCCCGACCCUCUCUGUGGACAGGACCUUUGGAGCAGGACGAACUGCCACGGAAGGGCCAACAGCCCAGCAGCCCUCCCUGCUGCCCCCGGCCCAGCCCGAGCACCCCGGCAGCGAGGACGCCCCCAGCAGGACCAUCCCCACCGCCUGCGUCCGCCCCACCCACCCUCUCCGCAGCUUUGCCAACCCCCUGCUACCUCCACCCAUGAGUGCAAUAGAACCCAAAGUCCCUUACACGCCACUUCUGUCUCAAACAGGGCCCAGCCUCCCCAAGGCUCAGGUGAAGACAGCAUCCCUGGGCUUGGCAGGAAAGGCCAGGUCACCCCUGCUGCCCGUCUCCGUGCCCACCGCCCCAGAGGCUGCAGAAGAAGGCCACAAGCAGACAGAGGACUCUGCCAACGUUUAUGAGCAGGAUGACCUGAGUGAACAGAUGGCCAGUUUGGAGGGACUAAUGAAGCAACUCAACGCUAUCACGGGCUCAGCCUUCUAGCAGCUCCUGCUGAAGGGAUGGUCAUCCCGGAGCACUGCAGCAUGCCAGGGUUGCACUCCUACCCCCUGCAUACACCACCCCCCCCAGAACCAUCCUGUUGCUGGUACCACUCCUUCACUGCAAGGAAGAUCCCUGCAACGUCCUCCAGGGAAUGAUCAAAAGAAGGAAACAGAAAGAACAAUAAGAGAAAUGUUACAGAACUGUAGAUCUGGCAUCUCGAGUGAUGGAAGCGUGGCAAGGUCACCACUGCCAAGUGGUAGCUGAUGCCACCAGAUGGCUCAUUUUGAUCUACUAGUCUUCGUAGAGCUCAAGUUGUCACGACUAACUCAUGUUUUACUCCGUAGAGGUUUGUAGCUCUUUGUCUAGCUCUAGUCUUACCUCAUGCCAGAAUGUUUUUGAACAUAGACCAGGCCCUUAAUGAGACAGUGUUGUAGGUCACUCGUUGGUUGGUUGGUUGUUGUGUUUUCUUUUUUAAAUUCAUAAUUACUGACUAGAAAAACACCCGUAGCAAUUAAUGAUGCCACCACACCAGAAAAGAAAAACAAAAAAAAAAGUGGAAGUUUCCCCAACAGCACAAAAUGACAAGACAAAUGACUCAUUCCUGUUGUCACCUCCAUCGCUCACCUCGCGCGAGCGGUGGGAUCAGCUCUCAAACUCAGCCAUUCUACCAAGUGUUUGCAAAUCCUCCCGUAGCUCAUGUUUUGUGUGUGGCAACCAGAGAACCAGGAAUGUAGCAAAAAAGGCACAGAAGAAGGUCGGUGUGGGUGGCCUGCUGCCAGCCAGCCAGUGCAGGCUUGCAAACAAGAGGACAUGAUAUGGAAGAUCUUCUCCGACACGCCGUCUUGACCUGCUGAAGCUUGGAUUGAAGCACGUCUGUUUGUCUGGAUGACACUGGGGGAAGAAGGGCCACCACGAGCUGGAGCAAGGAGAAAACCAGAGCUGAAGUUUCCCCACACCUUUCCCAUCUGCUGUGCCCCUGCUGUGAAGACCUGUCCACUUCGGAUGAGGAUGGGCAGAGGAUGAGGAGGGCAAAGGGGCAGCAGAAGCUGGUGCAGGACACGAGCCUGGGAGAAGAACCACGAGAAAUAACUGAUAAAUCAACUAGGAGGGCUUUUCCACACCAUUUCCACAAGGUUGAGAGCAGCAGUAUUCCAGGAGGACACCAAGCAAGGAGCAGCAGGACACCAUGAGCCCUCUUCAGGGAUCCCCCCUCCUCGCCCGGGUGCUUUGGCUGCACGUCACGGUGUUUAUUGACAAGAACAACGGGUUGACUUGCCCAGAUUUUGUGUGCCCCAGUUUUAGUGCUACAUUUUCAGCUGAGUUCAACAUUAAUCCCCAUUUAUGCAGCUGGAUCACCAAAAGGCAGCUGAUUUGCAUAUUUAUCAGUUAGGAGGCUGCACAACCCAAUAGGGGGGGUUCCAGAUGAAUUAUUCCAUUCAGCUCUGCCUUUGAUUUCAAGCUUGAGUGGGUCAUAAUUUUAAAAGAGCAUGGAAAGGAUAGGAUCUUUACAACCUAAUAGCUCCUUUUAUUAGGUGGGUAAUUAUACGUGAGUCUUGAAAUGAAAUAUUUUGAGUCAAAUGGCAAAGCAACAGGAGGAAUAAUUCCGAUUAUUUCCCAGGCCCCCGCGCUGCAAAGGAAAGCAGAUGUCAAGGGGGAAUUCAACCACUUCAUUAGGAACUCCAGCCUGUUUGUGAAAAUGCUCCUUUAAAAAUGCCUUGUUAUUCAAUUGACUAAGGUCUUAUUGAGAUGUUCCUCCAGGGUGAGGAAAUCUUGUUUGCCUGGGAGAUGGAGCGUUCCCGUUCGGCGUGACUGGGAACCAACAACUGCUACGAGAAGCAGAGUCAUAGAAUCUUGGAAUGGUUUGGGUUGGGAGGGACCUUCGAGAUCAUCUAGAUCCAACCCCCCUGUGUGGGCAGGGACACCUCCCACCAGCCCAGGCUGCUCCAAGCCCCAUCCAACCUGCCCUUCAACACUGCCAGGGAUGGGGCAGCCACAGCUUCCCUGGGCAACCUGGGCCAGGGUCUCACCACCCUCACAGCCAAGAAUUUCCUCCUCAUGUCUCACCUCAAUCUCCCUCUUCCAGUUUUACUCCAUCCCCCCUCAUCCCAUCCCUCCCUGCCCUUGUCCCAAGCCCCUCCCCAGCUUUCCUGGAGCCCCUUCAGGCCCUGGAAGGUGCUCUAAGGUCUCCCUGGAGCCUUCU